AUGCUCGCUCACGUACUCGCUUUCGCGCUGGUCGCGCUCUUCGACCCUGUUGCUUCUAUGCCAUGGCGGGGACAUUGGCAGGCAACGACCUCUACAGCAGUGGUUCAAGAGGGCGGCGUUUACGAUCAAGCCGCGUCGACGGUACCAGUUGUCAACCCUGCUUCCUCUGCACCUGUUGACCUCGGUCAAGGUCAAAUCCAAGUCCAGGCUUCUAGCGUGGCACAAGGGGUACCUCUGCCAUCGGUCAGUUCUGGGAGCGCUGGAGGAGCCAGUGGGGCAGGAGACAUCGCAUUGGUCAGUACAGGGACUGAGACCCACGUCGUCAAUUUGGUCAAUCGCUGUGGUCAAGGCACAGCUGUCUUUCAAGACGUAGCUGGCAAAACGUACACUGGGAGCAAGACCACUUACUCUGGUGAAUUGAUCAGUGGACUCGCUUGGAUCAAAGGCGCCUAUGGGUGUGGAGAUAAAGACGGAGCCAACUGUGGAGAUGUAGAGUUCACUUUGAAGAAUGGGGGUAUCAGGGUAUCAAUUACUCGCUCCAGCAGAAUGGUCAGCAGACGCAUUCCUAGUGAGUAG